CAGUGACGUCACGAUCCGGAAAUAACCCGGAUUCCAAGUUAACUAGGAGUCGGCUUGUUGGAAACAUCUAGAGGUUUAUGAAGUCGUAUUGAAGAAUAACCAGUUAAAAACAUGUAUCGGAGCGUCAAUCGCCACGGGUCUCUGCUUCAGAUCUGAAAGUAGUCCAACGCUGUGGCCUAACGGAGACUACUGACGAGGAUAACCAACCACUCUGUACAAUAUACCACAGUUGUUCAUCAUCCACAGUAGCUAACCGUCCCAGUCUAGUGCUUUGGUGAGUCAUCUGCAGUGGCAGAAUGACGUGCCGGGAUAGGACUAUCGAAUUUCAGUCGGCCUGCAAAUCCCUUCAAGGAAGACAGAAUGGUGUUCAACCCAGUAAACCGGCCCUCAGUGCUCUCAAACAGCGUAGUGACUUCACAGUCAUGGCCAAGAGAAUUGGGAGAGACUUGAGUAACACAUUUGCUAAACUGGAGAAACUCACCAUAUUGGCUAAAAGAAAAUCUCUGUUUGACGACAAGGCUGUGGAGAUUGAGGAGUUAACUUACAUCAUCAAACAGGACAUAAACAGCCUGAACAAGCAGAUAGCCCAGCUGCAGGACCUGGUGCGGUCGCGGGGGGCCCCGGGGGGGCGCCACAUCCAGACCCACUCCAACACCAUCGUGGUCUCCCUGCAGUCCAAACUGGCCUGCAUGUCCAACGACUUCAAGUCGGUUCUAGAAGUACGAACUGAGAACCUAAAGCAGCAGCGUAGCAGGAGAGAGCAGUUCUCUCAGCCUCCCGUCUCCUCAUCUACUCUCCUCGCCAACAACUUCAAGAGCUCAGUGUUAAUGCAGGAUGAGUCCCGGAGUCACGGCGAGGUGGCCAUCGACAUGGACUCCCAGGCCAACCCGCUGCAGCUCCAGCUCAUCGACGAGCAGGACUCGUAUAUCCAGAGCCGGGCUGACACCAUGCAGAACAUUGAGAGCACCAUCGUGGAGCUGGGCUCAAUCUUCCAACAGCUGGCUCACAUGGUGAAGGAGCAAGAGGAAACCAUCACCAGGAUUGAUGCCAAUGUGGAGGACACCCAGUUAAAUGUGGAGGCGGCCCACACGGAAAUCCUCAAAUACUUCCAGUCGGUCUCCUCCAACCGCUGGCUCAUGAUCAAGAUCUUCCUUGUCCUCGUUGUGUUCUUCAUCGUCUUUGUGGUCUUCUUCGCCUGAGAGGCGGCAGGCGACUGAUGGACCAGGACGAUUGGAGGGGGAGGGGGGGUGCGAGUGCAAACAAUGGCUGAGAGGAAGGGGUUGUUACCAUAGCCACAUAAGGCACUGACAGGAAGAGGUAAUGGAUGGUCCAAGACACAAAUGAAGAAAUUCCAGUAGUCUGCCAUCUCUAAGUGAAGAGAGUGAAGAGAGAGGUUCUCUCACACCUUUGGUUCGACUGACCUAUUCUCUACCUGAAGAGACUGUAAUAACCUUAAUGACUGGAUAAAUUAUCUAAACCCACUUUGAAUAGGAUUAGCAGAAUACACUCUGCUCUGUAUGUUAUCUUAGACUAACUGACCAUAAACAUUUAAUCAAAAAUUGAUAUUAUUUAAUGGUUUGAUUCUGCAAACUAGUUUUUUUAUUUGGUUUUGAUUACCCCCCUCCCCCCUUCGUCACAGACGAUUGGUUGGUUGUAACAGGAAGUGCUUAUUCCAUUUCCUGUCUGUGAAAAAAGGGGCACACAUAUGUCAUUCUCAAAUUCUAAUCUUUAGGGUUUAUGUUCUACUUUGUUAUUCUCUUUUUAUUGGAGAGACUAUCAUCUAUUGUUCACAAUCACAGUUUGAAAGGGGGGGUGGGGGGUGUUACAUUUGCCAAAUGAGUACUAUAAAGAAAUGUGAUUUUCUGUCAUGGUCUUAACAGCUUGCCGUGUGAAGGUACAGUGUACAAUGUGGGUUUGACUGAAGGGAGCUUUCUCCCUGCAAAUUCUAGUCAUAACAAUGUGCACCUGGUCAUUAAUGGGGACAGUCGGAUUUCUCUUGACGGAACACAUUGCUGCUGGCCCGGUUCCCAUGUCAACGGGUUGUGUUGAUUUGUCAGGUUGGCAACUUGGGGCAGGUGGUGUGACCAGAUGUAGCAUGCUGAUUAUGACCAGACAAUGUAGACUUGAAAGCAUACUCUGGUGAAGUGACACUCCACAAAUCUCCUUUAUCUUCUCUACAGCUGUCAGUUUGGACCUUUAAGAUGGUCUAUCUCUAUAUUGCUCUCUCUUUCUGAGGGCAGACAGUCUAUGUACAGCCUGUUAUUUAAUGACCAGAACUUUUUAAGAAAAAGCUAUUUUUCCCUUUUUUUCUAGCCAAAUGCCUUGACUUCAGUGUAUAAAGUGCAAAUAGUGAUAAUGUAAUGAAAGAAGUGCAUAUUAAAAGAAUAAUGGGA